GGGGCACUCUGGCCGGCUCUCCGCUUGGGCUCCGAAGCCAUCUGCAUCUCGAGAGCUGUUUGGGACCCAGUUUGGGGCAAGGAGCGCUGGACCUGUGGGAGCACAGCCCCCGUACCUUUGUGGCUGUAUCCCUUCCUUUCUCACUGCCCUAGAGACUUGGGUGAUCUCCAGAGAACUGCUCUCAGCACCCCCGACCCCUCCGCGAGUCCCAUCUUGAAUCAGUGGCCCUGGAUCUCAUUUUACCCCCUUGACCUACUUUCUCCAAGCUUUCUCAGCUUCAUGGCUCUCUUAACCCUUCUCCAGCCCCUGGGGCUGGUGCUCUGAGCCCUAGCCCGCCCCUCCAGUGGUUGGCCCUGCUGGCAGGUGGGCCCAAUGCAGCCAAUUCUCCUUAAGUUUGCCCUGCCCUUAAGGAGCCACAUCUCAGUGGAGACCAGGUGCCAAACAGCAGCAUGCUCCAUUUAAGGGAGCUCAGAGGGAUUGGGAAAGACUUCCCAGGAGAAAGGCCCUUUGAGCAGAGUCUUAAAAGAUUGGGUAGGAUCUGGACAAGGGAGGAAGGUCAUUGCAAACUGAAGAAAGUGUAUGAACAAAGUUAGGAAAGUGUGAGCAAGAAUUCAGUGAGCCUGGCAAAUGAACUGUGAGUCGAGGGCAAACUCAGAAAAAUAGCUUGUGUGGGCCAGGUGUUUGGACUUUGUAGUAACCUGGGAUUUUAGGGAGACAACUGGUGGCUGGGAUGAGGGAUUGGAAUGGGAUGAGACUGAAGGCAGAGGCCAGGAAGGAGAAGGGGGUCCUUGGAAGUUCUGGAGCGUCUGAUGCAGUAGGAACGGGCUGGCAAAGCACUGGGAGGACGGAUCAGUAGGACUGUUGACUGUCUGAAGGAGGGGCGAGGAUUUAAAGACAAAGGUCGGAUUUCCAGCGGGAACAGGAUAGAAGGUGGUGUGCGAGAUCCCUUGGGCUCCGACUGUCUCUCCUGCUGCCAUGAGCUGGAGCUGCCAUGUGCCCAGGGCCUCCUGGGGCCCUGGUUUGGGAAGAGUGUUCCAGCCAGCAGAUGAACGUACCUCCUUCCUGAUCCACUGGAGUUGGCCCCUUAAAAGGGAGCGUCCUCUUGGGCCCCCUAGGGCCUUUAUACGCCAUCAUGGAAGCUCAGCAGACAGUGGUCCCCCAUCAGGGAGGCAUGGACAGUGGUUCCGGGGCACCUCUGCAGCUGAAGCUAUCCAGCGGCACCGCCGGAACCUAGCUGAGUGGUUCAGCCGGCUGCCCAGGGAAGAGCGCCAGUUCGGCCCAACCUUUGCACUAGAUACAGUCCAUGUAGACCCCGUGAUCCGUGAGAGCACCCCUGAUGAGCUGCUUCGCCCCCUGGCGGAGCUAGCCCUGGAGCAUCAGCCACCCCCAGCCAGGCUCCCCACACUGGCCCUGUCUCAGCUCUUUGACCCAGAUGCCUGUGGGCGCCGGGUGCAGACAGUGGUGCUGUACGGGACGGUGGGCACAGGCAAGAGCACACUGGUACGCAAGAUGGUCCUGGACUGGUGUUAUGGGCGGCUGCCAGCCUUCGAGCUGCUCAUCCCCUUCUCCUGCGAGGACCUGUCAUCCCUGGGCCCUGCCCCGGCCUCCUUGUGCCAUCUUGUGGCCCAGCGCUACACGCCCUUGAAGGAGAUUCUGCCUCUGAUGGCUGCUGCUGGGUCCCGCCUGCUCUUUGUGCUCCAUGGCUUGGAGCAUCUCAACCUCAACUUCCAGUUGGCGGGCACGGGGCUUUGCAGUGACCCUGAGGAGCCAAAGGCGCCAGCUGCCAUCAUGGUCAACCUACUGCGCAAAUACAUGCUGCCCAAGGCCAGCAUUCUGGUGACCACCCGGCCCUCUGCCAUCGGCCGCAUCCCCAGCAAGUAUGUGGGCCGCUAUGGCGAGAUCUGUGGCUUCUCUGAUACCAACCUGCAGAAGCUCUACUUCCAGAUCCGCCUCAACCAGCCAGACUGCGUGCACGGUGCUGGGGAUGCGGGUGUCUCCACCACGCCGGCUCAGCGUGACAACCUGGUGCAGAUGCUCUCCCGGAACCUGGAGGGGCACCACCAGAUUGCUGCUGCCUGCUUCCUGCCCUCCUAUUGCUGGCUUGUCUGUGCCACAUUGCACUUCCUGCAUGCCCCCACGCUGGCCGGACAGACCCUCACGAGCAUCUACACCAGUUUCCUGCGUCUAAACUUCAGUGGGGAGAUGCUGGAAAGCACUGACUCCUCCAAGUUGUCCCUGAUGGCCUAUGCCGCCCGAACCAUGGGCAAGUUGGCCUAUGAGGGGGUGUCGUCCCGCAAGACCUACUUCUCAGAGGAGGAUGUCCGUGGCUGCCUGGAAGCUGGCAUCAAGACGGAAGAGGAGUUUCAGCUAGUGCAUGUCUUCCGCCGGGAUGCCCUGAGGUUUUUCCUGGCCCCGUGUAUCGAGCCAGGGCACCCGGACACCUUCGUGUUCACCGUGCCCGCCAUGCAGGAAUACCUGGCUGCCCUCUACAUUGUGCUGGGUUUGCAUAAGACCACUCUGCAGCGGGUGGGCAAGGAAGUGGCCGAGCUCGUGGGCCGUGUCGGGGAGGAUGUCAGCUUGGUCCUGGGCAUCAUGGCCAAACUGCUGCCCCUGCGGGCCCUGCCUCUGCUCUUCAACCUGCUCAAGGUGGUUCCUCGAGUGUUUGGGCGUGUGGUGGGUAAGAGCCGAGAGGCGGUGGCCCGGGCCAUGGUGCUGGAGAUGUUCCGAGAGGAAGACUAUUACAACGACGACGUCCUAGACCAGAUGGGAGCCAGUAUCCUGGGCGUGGAGGGCCCUCGGCGUCACCCAGAUGAGCCCCCCGAGGAUGAGGUCUUUGAGCUUUUCCCCAUUUUCAUGGGAGGGCUUCUCUCUGCUCACAACCGGGCCGUGCUGGCUCAGCUUGGCUGCCCCAUCAAGAACCUGGAUGCCAUGGAGAAUGCCCAGGCCAUCAAGAAGAAGCUGGGCAAGCUGGGCCGGCAGGUGCUGCCCCCCUCAGAGCUCCUUGACCACCUCUUCUUCCACUACGAGUUCCAGAAUCAGCGCUUCUCCGCUGAGGUGCUCAGCUCUCUGCGCCAGCUCAACCUGGCGGGUGUGCGCAUGACACCCCUCAAGUGCACGGUGGUAGCCUCUGUACUGGGCAGUGGAAGGCAUGCCCUGGACGAGGUGAACUUGGCCUCCUGCCAGCUGGACCCUGCCGGGCUGCGCACGUUCAUGCCUGUCUUCCUGCGUGCCCGGAAGCUGGGCUUGCAACUCAACAGCCUGGGCCCUGAGGCCUGCAGGGACCUUCGAGACCUGCUGCUGCAUGACAAAUGCCAAAUUACCACCUUGCGGCUGUCCAACAACCCCCUGACGGCAGCAGGUGUGGCCUUUCUGGUAGAGGGGCUGGCAGGGAACACCUCACUGACACACCUGUCCCUGCUGCACACUGGCCUUGGGGACGAGGGCCUGGAGCUGCUGGCUGCCCGGCUGAACUGUAACCGACAGCUGCAGGAGCUGAACGUGGCCUACAAUGGCGCUGGCGACGCUGCGGCCCUGGCCCUGGCCAAGGCUGCCCGGGAGCACCCUUCUCUGGAGCUGCUGCACCUCUACUUCAAUGAGCUGAGCCCAGAGGGCCGCCAGGUCCUGCGGGACUUGGGGGGCACUGCUGAAGGUGGUGCCCGGGUCGUGGUGUCACUGACGGAGGGGACAGCAGUGUCUGAGUACUGGUCAGUGAUCCUCAGUGAAGUCCAGCGGAACCUCAAGAGCUGGGAUCAGGGCCGGGUCCGGCGCCACCUUGAGCUGCUGCUGCGGGAUCUGGAUGAUAACCAAGGAGCCACCCUAAAUCCUUUGCGCAAGGCCCAGCUGCUUCGAGUGAAAGGCGAGGUCAGGGCCCUUCUGGAGCAGCUGGGAGGCUCCGAAAGCUGAGACAGUGGCAGCAGGCACCUAGCUGUGUGACCCCCAGCCCAAGCCCCUUCUCUCUGUGGCCUCCUGGCUUGCACUACUACUUCUAGAAAGAUCCCUUUAGGGGUAGAGGCAAAGGAAUGGGCACAACUGUGCCAGUUGCCCUCCUGGGGCAUAUCCAACCAGUGCUCCUAAGCCUGGAAUUUCUAGGGUCGUGGAACAUGAUACCUCCUCUCCUUUCAGCUAGAAGGACCACAAGAUGUGGCAUUUUGGUGGCCAAAUUGCCCUAUAGUGCCACCACCAACCUCACCUCUCUCUCCUCUCAAGGAGCCUCUGAUUGUGCCAGCAGGAGGCACACUUCCUAUGUCUGCCUUGCCAGGGGUGUUGACAUCCAGAUGUGCUGGAGGGCCUCCACCUCCUGCUGUUAGGCUUUCUGUGGACACUGAGGGUGCCCACAGCCACUUUCCUCAUUGGUGCUUUCUCCUCCCCCUCACGCCACCUUGAUCACAACGGUAUCUUUGCUCGGUUGCCUCCGGGGACAUGUGCACUGACUUGCUGCUAUUAAAAAAAUGUGUGUCUUCCA